ACAUCGAUAAUUUAACACGUUGACAAUUACAAAUCUCAAGUAGUUUGUACACUGAUUAAACACUCGGGAUUUAUGAUCAAGUAGAAUGUAUUAGUGAUAGUGACACAUAAACGUUAUCAUAAAUAUCGGAUUUCGUAAACAAGUGAGUUUAUUCUUCCUUUAUAAUAUUGCGCACAUGCUUUGAAAAUGAAUAAUAAAUUAUUGGAGUCAAACGCGUACCAGCAGAUCACGCAAAAUGCGGACAAUGUGUGCAUCGAGAUGGACCUUCUGAAGGUUGGCUCCGAGCCGGUCGGCAUGCGAUGCCCUUUCUGCCAAGAAGAUGUUAUGACCAAAGCCCAUUACCGAAAUACUUCAAUCACGCAUAUCAUCGCUAUUGUUUUCGGUAUACUUUUCUGGUGGAUGUGUUGCUGUUUAAUACCAUAUUUCGUGAAGCGGUGGAAAAACGUAGAGCACUACUGUCCCAACUGUCACAAGUAUUUGGGGAUGUAUACCAGGACAACUAUAUUGUAGCGACGUUCAAGUUUAAAUUGCCAGCAUAAAAUAUAUAAAACAAGCUCUUUUAAGAGUACAUAUUAAGUAAGUAGUGAUGAUAGUUCAACUUAAAAACAUAUUGUGACUAAAAUCCACCGAUGCUAUUAAAUUGUUAAGAAAUGAGGUAUAUCCACAUUAUAAUAAGCGUAUGCAGUUAUAUGAUUGACUGUACCUACUGUUUUUACCACGGUAGAGUUUAAACAAUACAAUAGUAGGAAUAGCAUUAUCCGAAGAAUUUAAAUGAAGAAAAACAUAAUAGUUUAAUAUAAUUUAUUAUCUAUUUAAUUACGUUAUAAUAUAUUUAAGUAUAAAUCGUACAAAAGACCCUUGAAAAGUAUAUCACAGAACUUAAUAUACAUUUUAAAUCGAAGACAUUAUUUAAGUACCAGCAUAAAUUUAAAAUAACAUGGAUGUUUCUAAAAAAUAAAGUACCUUCUUAAAUAAUUUAUAGACACAAUUUUAGCUUAUAUCUAGGCCCAAAAUAAAUAUAAAUUCGAUAGACAUUUGGUUAAAUGUGAUCAAAUACAUAUUUAAGUUUUGCUUCAAACACAAGUAUAAAACAAUAAAAGAAUCUAAUUUAUUUUUAAUAAGUAGACAUAAAAACAGUUCCUACUUUAACCAUUUUAUUCCCAUGUUUAUUACUGCGUAGGUAUUUUAUGUAUAAAUAAAUUAAUAAAAGUUUCCUUACAUCAUAA